AUGGGGAUGACAAACAUGCCCAAAUUCAACGCUGAUGCCAUCUGGACUAUAGAACCCAAUACAUUGUGCAACAAGAGCAAAGUCUUCCAACUCUUGGGUAACCUGACGGAGCGAAGACUUCGACAGGGGGACAUGCUUAACUGCAGUGAAAUGACGACUGGCUUGGCCCAGCUAAAGGAAGUAAGCGAAGGUUGCUCUUGGGAGAUAAAGUCAGUCGUGUCUAUCUUGAUGGGCACUGCCAAGAUGAACUACUUCUCCGCUUGUACACCAGGAUCCUGUAACGUGAAGUACGCGCAAAUGUGCUUGGAUCACGCCGAGGAGACCAUGCCGGACAAUUUCAGGUCCUUGAACAAUGCUGACCGUCGGAUGGCUUGCCAGAACCUGAAACAUUCUCUGGCGUGUGUAACUAACCACACACGCUCUUGUUCGGGUGACAUUUACAGCAGUGUCAGCCGACGCUUUGAAAGCAUCAAAGCCAGGUUCAUGAACAACAACUGCACCGCUUUCUUCCCUCGCCCUACUGACUGCAAGCCUAGAUCUGGGCCUCAGCCUCGGCCUCAGCCUGUGAAUGACAUCCAGCAACUGAAAAAGAAAGCUACGGAAAGUUUCUUCUCUUCACGAAUCAGCAGAGAACGUUGCAGGAAGUAUGCAACCAACUUCACAGGUAUUGCGUUAUUCAAUGGAACCAGAUCCAAUGUCACGCUAUACCGGAGAACUGUGGCCUCACUGGAGUGUGACUUCGAAGCCCCGUCUGCCAGAGCAUUGCCCUUACUAUGUCUGACGGGCAACUGUAGCGGAGAGAACUGUACCAGUGCCGAUCUUAAGCAGUGUCUGCCGGGCCAGGUUUGUGGUUUCCUAUGCAGAUCCGACAGCAAGGGAAAGUGUUUGAACUACAUUGAGCGAGGUUGUCAAAAUGUAUCUUACUGCGAUAAACCAAAAAGAACUGGCCAAGUAAGAGGCUGCUGUGUCAGCAAUCUCUGUGAGUGUUCUUGCUCCCCUUCCGCUUUCAGAGCAACAACGAAAGCUAUCAUUGAAAACGCGGAUCCGGCUAAAUGCAAAUCAACAAUUGAUCAAGAUGCUGCUCUCAACCCUAUCAGACAGUGCAGUCUCGCAGAAAGAAGAUCGUUGGAAUCUAUUGCGCCGUCUUGUGUAAAAACCAAACUACAUGAGAUCGGACUGGCUUAUACAAAUGAAGAAGUUUGCACACAAAGAAAGUGCCCUUCUCAAACUGAACUCAAAAAUAUGUGUUUGCCAGUAACUGGCUUUUCAUGCACACGGGAUAUACUCGAAUGCUUAGCUUUCAACUCUCUUGGUUGCCAGGAUCGGGAAAGAGUCGUGUUUUACUUAUUGACUGGAGAUCAGCUUGAAGAGUGCGAUGCCAACCUCAUUAACAGCGUCUUCCCGGCCUUUCAGUCAACUCCUUCACUCAAGCCAACAGCUUCACAAUGUCUGCUGAGGAUGUUUAAUAAAUCUGAACCCAUCUGCGAAGCUUUGAAUGAAACCCGAUAUUGCAUAGCGGAACAUAUAAAUGAUUUGUAUGCGCCAAGAGUCGUUUCUUUCUUGGAUCACCUGAUUCUGGCUAUUGACUGCUCAGCCCUCUCAGACAAUUGCCAAGUCACCUCUAAAUUUGGACCAACUUUGUUCAUGACAUUGGCGCAGCUCUUUCAGCGCAACCAGUUUGAUGUAGCCCCUUGCACGUAAGUGGAGAAAGAAAACAGUCACUGUCAUUACAUACUUAAGGCACCUUGUCUUAAGAAAACUUUGCAUACUAGUGCUUAUUCAUGUCGGUCUUUUACUUCAGGAAAAAGUACAGUAAGUGAAUCUUUUAGUGCUCGAAAUAAAAUCCUGCUACAUGAAUACUGAGGAUAUAAAACAAAUAUCUGUUGUUUUUGCCUUACCAGUAAUGAGAAAUCUGGAAAAAGAUCUUCUGAGGGCAGUUGUAUUAUGCCCAUGGCGUAACGGACUCUUCACGUAUCGCCACUCGGUCCGUUAACAAAGCUUAGCAGUGUCUCAGUUUCAAGAGGCUAGAAAUCAGCUCACGAUGUUCCUAUCCUAAUCAGAGACGAUUGCUAUAUCAAUUCUGCCCGACACGAGAACCUAAUCCUGUCAUAAUAUUUGCAUUAUGUUGAACAUCAUAAAGUGUCGAACCUGGUGCUUUGGCUUGAUAAGCGAGUUUGACACUGUUAGGCCAGUUUCAAGAUUUCCAAAACCAGCUUCCAAAUAUUUCGUGAAAUGAUUCAUAGACUUUUUAGUCAAUUAAAAGCUUUUCAAAAGACCUUUCCUGUAUGAUAAAAGUCUUAAAAUGCCUUAAAAACUGAAGAAGGAGAAGAAGAAGAAGAAGAAGAAGAAGAAGAAGAAGAAGAAGAAGAAGAAGAAGAAGAAGAAGAAG